GCUGGGGGCCGGUCCGUCUGUCUGUCGGUUGCUCGGGGCGGCGCCGCUCGGGGCGGUCCGUGCAGUAGGAAGCGCAGCCGGGGCAGAGCGGCCCCGCAGCGGCCGGAGCUCCGCGCUCGGGUGGGCAAUGCCUGACGGGCCACGUGUGCUGACACGGUGCUGGGAGAUGGAUCGUGGAGUCACCGUGGAGAACCCCUACGCCAGUGUCAACAUCCCACGGGAACAGUUCAAACAGAGCUUCAUCACUCGCUACCUGAGAGAUGAGCCCACCGUCAUUGCCAACCCCGCAGCCAUGCCCUCCUGGGGCGGGGAGGAGCAGGCAGACCUUGCUAAUGGCUGGAACAGCCCAACCAUCUCCACAGACAAGUCCUGGUCACGUCCCUACAACCCCUACGCCAGCCUGAGGAUGCCCAAUGGGGACUCAUCUGCCUCCUUCUACACCGUGACCCUGGACAAGCCACCCAAGGGCCAGGAGCAGGGGGCUGGCAGAAGAUGUGGCUGCUGCAGGGGUUUUUUUUGCUGCUCCUGCUGCCCAAAGUACUGCUGCGUCAUCUCCUAAGAGCCCUCCCUGCACACACGGGGUGUGCUGACCAUGGGAUGGGGCCAGGUGACCCCACAGGGACAUGGCUGCUGGCCCGGGCACCCCAAGAAGCUGCCCUGGCACCUGGCAGAGCUGGCAUUGGCUGGACUGACAUUGCUUUUUACCUAUGAACUCUGCAGUCAGAUGUGCUGAUGAUGGGCAUCUGCCAGGUGGGCCAUGGGGCCCGGGAGCCCUGAGGAUGACGUGUGCCAGGACAGAUGUCACCAACAAGUGAAUACACUGGAGAGGAGGCAGCACUGUGAACCUGCAGUCCUGCACAGAGCUCCUGCCAGUCUCACCAUGCUGGGAAGGUUCCACCCUGGGAAGGUGUGGGCAGUGUCCACCUGCCCGUGGGUAGGUUUGGAUGCUGGCAGCCCUGUGUGUGUGGCAGAGGAGGACAUCAUCGUCACUGUCUUGGGGCAGUGCAGAGGAGCCAGGGACAAGCCUCCAGCUGGAACAGGGACCCACUUCCCCAGGACUGAGUUGUCCCCUCUCCCACAGCAUCAUGGGGAUGCUGCUGGCACUGAACUCCAUCUGGGUCCUGCUCCUCUUCACCACACUGCCCAUGGGAUAGAGGGACAGAAACAGGAAAGACAGCCAAAGCAUGGCAGAGUGUUGGGCUGUGCUACAGGGCACCACCUGAUGGCACAACAUGGAUGUGGGCAUUAACAUCUCGGUGCCAGGAAACCCCCAGCUCCAUUCUGUUCCUCCUGCCAGACUUGUGGGGUGCUGGGCCCAACCUCUUGUGCCAUCUGCAUCCCAGAGAUGGGUCCAGUGCAGAUGGCUGGCCCAGCUCCAGCAGCUGGGCAGCACUGGGGCACCUUGCUGGGGAUGCAGAGGCCCAGCAUUAGCCUUUUGGAAGUCCCUGGGCUUGGAGGAGGGCGGGAGGAGCCUGCUGGCUCUUCCCAGUGUGCUGGGGCGUCUCCAGGCUGGGCUUUUGGCUGGGGCUGCUGCCAUCAACCUGGAAC